CCGUCCCGUCCACCGCUCUAUGUAAGAGUCCGCAGAUGUUACCCCGCGUUCCAGUCUCGCAGCAGUAGUCGUGGAUGUCGUGUGUCGCGGGUACCAAUGACACAAGUGUGGGAAAGAGAAUUGUGAAAAAGAACAUAAUCCAUACACGUAUUAUAUAUAUAUAUAUAUACACACAUAUAUGACGCUCAAAAUCUCUCGGUGUUUCUCGCGGAGUUAAUAGGAACGAAAAAGUAAGGAUCGUAAAAUCGUGAUAUCUUCCACUUCGCUUUAUCUUUAUUUUCCACGCUUCAUUUUCUAUCUUUUUUCAUUUUUUACGUAAGAAGUACCGUGACGAUCGAUCGUAAGAAAAAGAGAGAGGGGGUGAGAGAGAGAGAGAGAGAGAAAUAGAAAGAGAGACGGAAGAAAGAAGUGGAUAAUCGAUCGAAGUGCGCGUGUGGAUAGGAAUGUGAAAUUUGUCUUUUUUUCUUUACUACGUGUGCAAUUUCGUCCUAACUUAAUCUUUUCUCUUUCUGUGGAUAUAAUUAUCAAAGAUUGUUAUCUUCCAAGUGGGCAUCUUCGUAGACGAAGAGGAAACAUAUUUCUUUUGAAAAGAUUACUACACAAGAAAGGUGUGUACGUGUGUGGAUUAUUACGGAAGAGAGAGGGAAACAUAAGUUUCGGAAUAUACCGCUACGUAAAGGAAAGAAGCAUAUUCGUGAUCAGCCAAGAUCAGCCACGACGACGUCACGAAGGACAACGUUGUCAUCAACGCCGCGUCAAAGUCGGCAGGAGCCUUAACGAAUAUAAUAUUCCCGCGCUGGUGGCAAGACGGCCGAUCGUGCGGUAGUACCACUCUCGAUUAUCCCGUGGUCGCUACGAGCGAGAACAGCCCGAAGAUUUUUCCACCGAGGUCCAAAAUGCACAUCGAGGUGCAGGUGGCGCUCAAUUUCGUGAUAUCGUAUCUCUAUAAUAAGUUACCACGGAGGCGGGUCAAUAUCUUUGGCGAGGAGCUCGAGAAGGCUCUGAAGGAUAAGUUCAAAGGACACUGGUAUCCGGAGAAGCCGUUCAAGGGUUCGGCCUUCAGAUGCCUGAAAACCGGCGAUCCCGUGGAUCCUGUCCUAGAACGAGCCGCGAAAGAAAGCGGUGUACCGAUUCAAGACAUCCUGGAGAAUUUACCGGCCGAAUUAGCUGUGUGGGUGGACCCUGGUGAAGUCAGCUAUCGAAUAGGCGAGAUGAAUGCCGUAAAGAUCCUCUACUCUGAAACCGGAGAUCCCCACGAUGAGAGUUCGGCCGAUCGAGAAGUUACCAAGACGUUCAAUCCGGAGGCUCAAUGCUUCAGACCGAUCGAAGCCGUCGGUACGUCCUUGGGUGGUCUCAGUCUAAGUCCCAAAUCCACUUCGCCCUUCCCGAAUUCUUUAGCCAGUAGCAGCAGCAACAGCAAUGGUUCCUCCAACAAUCAGCAGAACAGUCACGGUUCCGGCUCUUCUUCGGCACCCUCGCCCACGCCUAUCGGUAGCUCAUUCAAGGGUUCGCCCAGUCCCGUACCAAACUUCAUACCGCGUACCACAGCGCCGCUCACCUUCACGACCGCCACCUUCGCUCAAACCAAAUUCGGCAGCACCAAGCUGAAGACAAGCAGCAAACGAGCGAACAGGAUGUCGCCCACCGAGUUUUCGAAUUAUAUAAAGCAGCGUGCGAUGCAACAACAGAUUCAUCAUCAUCAUCAUCAUCAGCAACACCAGCAGCAGCAACAGCAGCAACAGCAACAACAACAGCAGCAACAGGCGCAACAGGCACAGCAGCAACAGGGUCAACAGCAAGGUAGCACCGGACUACCGGUGUCGCAGAAUUCACCGAGCAAUCGCAGCCUGUCGCCGGGUAGCAUAGUCGGCGCUGGUGGAGCAGCGACUCAACAGCACACGGAUCCGAGUGCAUAUUUCUUCCAGCACGGUCCAGCUGCGGCUGCUGCUGCCGCAUAUCAUCCUCAAUUUUCUCAUCGCAACAUCUUCGAUUCGUCGAGCCACGGCGGUUACCUUCCAAGCGAUCUUUACGCCGGUGCCGCCAAGUUCCCGUCGUCUUAUCUCGACCCCGGUACGAUCGCCGGGCAUCAGUUUUACGGUGGUAGCGUGAACGGUACUGGCGGUAGCAACGGCACCAGCAGCAACGGCAUCGUUACAGCUGGUAACGGUGGUAAUGCGCAAAACGCCGCGAAUCUUGGACCUAUUGGAUCAGCAGUGACACCCAGUGCUGCCAGCGUAAAUGCGGCGACGGCUCAACAACAGCCCGACAAGAACGCUCUCGUCGAGGGCUUGAAUAAUUUCGGACUCGGCUCGGUGGCACCCUAUCCUGCCAGCCAAUAUCAGCAUCUCCUCGUAGCCAAUUAAUAUCCUGCGCGUUUACACACUACUCGGCAAGUUGCCACGCGCCUAACGAUACGCUCCGCAGCGCGACGCUCCUCCUCGACCUCCCCAUCGCCAGGACGACUCUUGCCGACCUUUAACAAGGUCUGUCCAUCGGUUUAUCGCCUCCCUCUUAGGAGGUCCCCGUAAAGAAUAGAAAACGAAUCUGAAGAAGAGGACGCGUUUCUUACAUGUUUCCGUUCUCCGACUCCUGUAUUUUGAUAGUCGAAAGAGAGGGAGAGAGAAAGAGAGAGACAGAGAGAGAGAGAGAGAGAGAGAGAGAGAGAGAGAGAUACGAUACGAAGAAGAAAAGAGGAGGUAGACGUCAAAAUGAUCGUGGGAGCGUUGUCGUUAACGACACAAAAGUAAAAGUAAAAAUAACGACAACAACGCAUACCCAAAAUAGAGACCCGAUGACUACGACGACAGGGACGACUAGGACGACGAAGACGAAGACAGCGCAGCAGUUUGUUCGAUAAAACCGAAUCGAUCACACGAGUCCGGUACUCUACGAGCGAACAUAACGCAUCCACGACGUUACCGCCGACAUGGAAACGUAUCACACACACACACACACACAUAUAUAUAUAUAUGUAUCUAUACAUACAUACACAUAUAUAUACAUAUAUAUAUAUUAUUAUUAUUAAAAGGACAGACAUACACACAUGUCACGAAGAAAAGAGAUGAUACACGCAUAAAGCUACACACAAGGACACAAAACUACCUCGAAAACGAAGCUUACAGAAAGCAUCAUGGUCCACGAUCCCGCGACGAUUACGUAUGCGUGUGCACGAACGCAUUACGUUUCACUGUUGCAUGCGAUAUAUACAGAAGAUGGAGCAACGAGAUGCUACUCUUUGGAUCCCGUGAAACGUUCUAGAAGAAGAAAAGAAAGAAGAAAACAGCGAUAACUGACGGACAACAGCUAAACGAACGUUCGAGGAUGACGGUCCGACGGUGAACACACAUAUACAUAAAAAUACAUACAUGCAUACUUACACGGCACGUAUUACACGUACACACACAUACAUAUUACCAAGACGUAAUAAUUUAUUUUUUCACUGGUAUAGUCGGAGAAUUGAUAAUGAAUAUAACUGUAGAGCCUAUGUAUUAUAUUCAAGAUGCACUCACUUUACGGGUUCUCGCGAAACGGUAGGAAGUAUCUGUCAAUUUCUGUCGAGCUUGACGACGGAUAUUAUUAACGGGGAAAGAGAUACAAGAGGUGAUUAAAAACGAUGGUAUAGAGAGAGAGAGGGAGGGGGCAAAGAGAAAAGAGAAUAUCUGAAGAUCGCCGAGCGAAAUCCGAAAAAGGGAGGAAGUGAAUUUCUCUCUUUCUCGUGGGUAGCACGGAUAAAAAAAGAAAGAAAGAAAGAAAGAAAGAGAGCGCAUGCAGUUUCAUACCGUUCGGAAAAUUCGUCUUCGGUACGGUUUUACAUUUUAUUUUUAUAAUAAAUGCAGUAGAACGUAGAAGAGAUGAUGUGAGAGAGGGUGAAAAAGUAGAAGAGGAAGAAUUGGACGAAGACGAUGGGCGUUAUACUCGCAAGGAUUAGCGUACGAACGACGAAGUCAUAUUUAUCGAUCUUCGAAUCUAUCAAUCCUAUAUACUAUAUAAGAUCGAAAGGAAGGAAGAUUUGAUAUGUGACACGUCGUCUCUGUACCAUCUUGGAGAUUAGAAAAUUAGGUUAAAAGGCCGCGGUUAUUGUCUUACGGUGUCCCGUGCGAGCUCGCGAUUUUGUCCGAUCGACGUUUAAAUUAAAGAAAGAGGCUCGGCUGUUUUCAUUUUGGGGAAAAGACACGUUUCUAUUCGAAUUAUCGACUUUUUCUGAUGAAUCUGAAAUUAAAGAAAAAAAAGGUGAAGAAAGAAGAAAAACAAAAAUCGAAUAAACUUUUUUGAUUCCGAACAAUUUAGAUUUUGCCGGGGGGAGGGGAUUUUUUUCAUUUUCAUCGAUCGAACCUCUCUCGCGAGCUCUCGUCGAGAAAAAAAGGAAAGAAAUACAAAGCAAAGGGAGAGAAAGAAACAGAAAAAAAAUAUAACUCGACAGUAACGGCGGCAGCAGCGGCGAUGAUAAAAAAAGUUUGAUAGGCGAAGAAAAAGGAGGAAGUGUUACGAGCCGCGGGCUGGGGUACACUAGGUGCUAAAAGUAUUAAAAACAAACAAACAAAGUGUUUAACUUAUCGUAAAUGUGACAAAAUCGUAAGGAUGCGCGCAUCCGGAGACCGUCGACAGGCCCGGCAACAGUUGGAUAAUAGAAAAAUGAAAAAAAGAGAGAUGGAGAGGAGAGAGAGAGAGAGAGAGGAAGAGAGAAAUUUUAGAAACGAGGAGAAAAGCGGAAUCAAAGAGGAAAUUCGAAUUCCUCGUUUCUGUGUACGCAUCUCUCUCUCUCUAGUAACAUUCGUACUUACAUACGUAUUAUGUAAAGAAGAAGGAGGAGAAGGAGAAGAAAAAAGAAGAAGAAGAGGAUACAAAAAUAAGCACGAAAAAAUGUGUAUAUAAAUGUAUAUCAUUUACGGACCGCGUCAACGUUUAUCAAAUGUUCGACGGCUCUGUCGCCUUUUCUUCGUUGAUUUUCUUCUCUUUCUAAAAUUAUUUACCAUCGAAAAAAAGAAGAAAACAAAGAAAAAGAAAAAAAUGGCGACAGCUCAGCGUCCUUCCUUUGCGUACUUCUUCUGUGAGUGAACGAAAUUUACUUGAGAAUCUCUCAACUUAUCUCGACGAUUUCAAAUGUACGUGAAGGAACAUCGUCGUUGAUGAUCGAUGUCGUUGUUGUUGUAUUGUCAUUGAGUCACGAGAAAGAAGAGAAGAUAGCCGUGUUAGAUUGACUUCGGAACGAACGAGGAUCCUAUAACGAUAUAUCCUCCGCGAUUAGUAUAAAAUAGUCCCUAUAAAAUAUGUAUAUGCGCGGGCCACUCGGCAGCCGUCCUCUCCGGAUGCACGGGGCGUGUUGGAAUGGGAGGUCAUAAUAUAUGAGUUUUUAACUACGGAAACCUAUACUAAUAAAAUUAAUAAAAAGGGUAAAAGUGUUAAAUAAAAAGAAGAAGAGACGUAUGAGAACGACACGAAGACAAGGAAGGAAAGAAAAAAAUACAGAGAGAAAUGAACGAAGAAGAAGAAGUGAAAGAGAAGCACGGCAGUACCCUGUAGUAAUAUCUAAACUUAAUUGUAACUAUUAACGAUACGUACGACUGUGGUAGCUAUGCUAGUACCUGCUAUUAUUAACAAGAGAAAAAACGAUGUGGUGGUGUGAGAUGGAUUGAUUGGGAAAGUGAGUAAGAGAAAGAGAAACAGACAAACAGAAAGACACGGAAGAAACGAAAGAAAAAGGAAAACACUAGGAAGGCCUUAGAAGCAUCGAGAUAGAAGAGAGGAAAAAAAGUUGAGAUGCUGCGAACCGAGUUGCCAUAUUCUCUCUAACUGUGGUAAAAAUCCAUCUUGCGGCAACGAGGAAACGCUCGGGUAACCUAGUGCUUCCGCUUUUUGUACGUGAGGGAAUAGGAACGAAAAAGAAAAGGUGAAAUAAAAAAAAUGGGAUUUGCGAAUGGCAAAGAGUAAUUCGAACCUUCCUAGUGCGCGAUACGAAAUCUGUACGAGGCUUUCAGAUUUUUUUCUACGUGUUGUACUUAUGAUAUGAAAGAGAGAAAGAGAGAGAGAGAGAGAGAGAGAGAGAGGGAGAAAGAGAGAGGGAGAGAGAGAUUAGAUAAAAUGAAAACGAAGAGAGAAGGAGAGUUAGAUGGAGAAUCGUUCGUGAUCGUUUUGUCUUUCACGUGGCCUCCGCGUUUCGUAUCGAAUAAUGGGAAAGUGAGAAGGUGAGAGUGAGAGAGAGAGAGAGAGAGCGCGCGAAAAUGUAUGUUGUGUGUGCAAAUGUACGUAAGAAAGAAAGAGAGAGAUCGGAUGUUUCUGUCGUAAAAUUGCAAAAAGAAAGGAAGAGGCGAGAAUGAGGACAAAGUGUGAAGCAAAACGUUGCAAUAAGUACGCGAAUCAAACGGAUCUCGGCUCGAAACGAGAGGCUCAGCUCAGCGAAGAAUCAAACAUGAUGUAUACUCUUUAAAAUAAAAAGAGAGAGAAAGUGAAGAAGGGGAAAAGACGAAACGACGAAAGAAAGAAAAAAAAAAGUAUGCAAGAUGUAGAAAAAAAUAAAAAAAGAACGUGUCAAGUCAAAAAGAAGAUCGAGAAGGGCUUUGGUCGCUAUGGAUUUUAUUUAAACUACUAAACGAUAUAUAGGAUGCAUACACGAAAAAGAGUACACGAAAGAGGAAGUAUAUAGUAUUAUACGUUUACAAUACAAUUAAACUUAACACUGUAAGCAAGGAAAGAAGUACGCAUAGUUUUCCAUACUCUGUAAUCGAUGUACUUGUUUAGAAGAAAAAAAAAAAGAAUAAUGGAGAGAAAGAGAAAAUUUAUGAUAUACAUACCACACGGCCACAUAAAUUACAUAUAAAAUACGUUUCAAAUGGAAUAAUAAGGAAACAAUAUGAAGACGCUAAACCGAGACACGCAUAAUGCGAGAGUGAAAGAGAAAGAGAGUUACGUAAGAAAGAAAGAAAGAAAGAAAGAAAGAGAGAGAGAGAGAGAGAGAGAGAUCAACAAAAUAAUCUGUCUUUAAAAUGUCAUGUGUCUAUAACUAAUAGCCAUCGGUAUUGUCUCUUACAUAAAUGGUAAACAAGUAACCGUGGUAAUGUCGUAUAAUGUCAUAUAGUGAUAAUCGGACACUUUGCAAUACACCAUAUAUGAUAUAUAUAUAUAUAUAUACACAUAUACAUACACAUAUACAUGCAUAUAUAUAUAUUCUUACAAUUAGAAUGAAAGGAAAAGAAGAAAAAGGAGAAGAGAAAUGAAACGCAUAUUGCUAACGUAACAAAAAUUGGAACACGCUGAAAGCGUACUUACAUACAUAACAUAUAUAUAUACCUAACUACCUACCUACCUACCUACCUAACUUAUCUACCUACUGUUGUAUAUGAAGAAGAGAUAACGGAGAAGAGUGGCGAGAGUAUGCGAAGUCGAAACGUGGAAAGAGAAGGGCGGGAGCAGAGGCAAAUCUUGAUUUACGAAGGACACCGUCUGAAAUCGUCUUUUACCGGAUUACCGGCUUUCCUUUACGUUGGCUUCGUGCCGGUAAAGAAAGAUUUAAAAAAAGAGAAGGUCGAUUAAAAACUCCCUUGCGUAAACGACUCUCGCCUACUUGGCAAAAGUCACUCUUCCUUUUUUCUUUUCUUUUUUUUUUUGUUAUAUUUUUCUGACAAACAGCGAUUUGCAUUUUUCUAAACCUAACUUACGUCAUGAGAAUAUUACUUAUGAAUAGAAGAGAAUGAAAAAGAAAGAGAGAAAAUGGCCGCAGACGUCUCCACACACACACGCGCGCAAGAAGAUAUAUAUAUACGUAUAUGCAAUUCGAGGUAUUCAUCAUCGGGUAUUAUAUAACUUUUUUAUUUAUGAAAAUAGAAGGAAAUCUUUCGGAUAAUAUUUGUUCUCAUACGGUUAUUGUUAGGAGGGAAUAAGAAUUGUAAUAGAUUUUUUAUGAAACGUAUUUUAUUUUCUUACGAGAUGCCAAAAAAAGUCUAUUUUUUCAAAGGAUAUAAUAAUAAUAAAGUUUUUUGUCUACAUAUACCUGUAUAUAUAAAUUAUAGGACAUGUCGAUGUGAAUUUCAUUCGAUUACUGAACGCUCAAAAUAGAUAAUAAUUUUUCAAUCAAAUAAAACAUAUUUUUUAAAAGAAAAUAAUAAAUAAUAUUUGAUUUAUAAUAUCUCGUAAAAUGAAAGACAUCAUAAUAAAUUUCUUAUACUUAUCGUAUUUCUUCUUAAACAUUAAUCGUACAAAUUUUGAUCCGAAAGAUAUUGUUCUAAUUUUAAGAAUAAUGAAUUAAACUUUUUCCGGCUAAAAAUCCGUUUCAAAUGUUUUCACCUUAAACAUAUACAUAUUAUACUCUAAAUCACACUUUGGAGUGUCACGAGAAGAAACAAAAAGCAAAAAAAAAAGAAAAAGAAAAAGUAAACUAUAUAGAUUAUUCUACCAAGUAAGGAAUUAAGCAGAGAGAGAAAGAGAGAGGAUGAUAAUUAGAUUUGUAAUUGAUUAUAUAUAUACAUACAUAUAUAUAUAUAUUUUUCAAUACUUUAAUUACUUGCUGAAUGUAAACUAUAUACAUAUUAUUAUACAUAUACAUAUAUUACACAAAACACAUUUGAAAAAGAAGAAUAAUAAUAAUAAGCUGAGUAGAGCCGAAAAUAUCGGCUUUUUGAAGACGCAUAAAGUGGAGGGAGAGAAAUGGAUCCCUUGUAACUUCUUUUCACUGUAUGAGCGUUAAAAAGCAAAAAUUAAAGUAAAACAAACGAUGAUCCAUCCGUCGUUUGUUGAUAGAAAGGAUAAAUAGAACGCGUUCUAGUCGGUUGAAGAUCGAUGCCGAUUCCCUUCGACGCUUUUUAUGUGGAUGAGAAAAGGACAACACGAAAGAGAGAGAGAGAGAGAAAGGGAAAAACCAAUUUUUGUACCCUAUCCAAAAUCACAUACACGCUCUCGGUGUCAAAAAAAAAAAGAAAAAACUUCAUUAAUCGUAUAAGCGCGAAGUAACGGUAAUAUCCGUUAAUAAUUACCCCUUUUUAUUAAUAAAAAUAAUAAUAAUAAUAGAGAGAAAGACAGCAGGAGAAACCCCUCCCAACUAUCAUUGUUCUUCGUAGUAAAGAAAAUGCGAAAGAGAGAGAGAGAGGAAGAAAGAGACACACACAAAGAAGCCAAGAAUCAAGAUAAACAGCAACAAAGAUAAACGAUAACAAAUAUUACUUGAGAAGAAAGAAAAAAGAAAAUAAAAGAGAAGACUCGAAGGAGACGAAGCAUUGCGUGGACCUCGUUAAGGAUCAAAACCGUACGCGUGUAUCAUUUUUAUUAGUUUUUAAUGAAUGAACGAGACGAGAGUGAAAGAGAGAGAGAGAAAGAGAAAGAAUGUAAGAUUGUGAGUAAAAGCACCUAUGUAUAUACGCAUAUGUAUGUAUAUAGGUACCUCUUAUCACGUCUAUUAUAACUAUUAUCAUUAUAUUUUUAUUAUUAUUAUGAUUAUUAUUAUUAAUCAUUUUCUCUUUAAUUGUUUACUUCUUUUUUUCUUUUUUUUUUAUAUGAUAAAGAUUUUACUUUCCGUUGACUUUAGUUUUCUUUUUUUGUUCCUUUAUUUUUUUAUGAGAAAUCGACGUGAAUUUACAUCGUCGCUGAUUCUGCUUAUUCACGUGUUUAUUAUUAUACGUUGCACACACGAAUUUAUAUACACAUACAAAUGUACACUCACACGAACGCAAUCACGUAAAAACACAUACAUAGAGUAUACACUAUCGUUACGCGUUAACGCGCAAAUAUACAUAUAUACAUAUACAUAUUUAGACAUAUUACGUUAGCGAAUAGUGUAAUUAUAAUAUAUAUAUAUCGUGUAAAAAGCCGUUAUUAUUUUCUCGCAAGUUUACGAGACGAAAAAGUUAGACUUAAGGAUUCCUAUUUCAUCUUCUUUUUUGAUAGUUUGUUAACGUUGUUUUUUUUGUAUGAUGUUUGAUAUAAUCGGUGCUCUAAUGGCGCAUCAGAAUAAUAAUAUAUUACGAUUUAAUAUUAUAAAAGUUAUAUAUAUAAUAUAAACUAUAUAUAUAUACAUAUUAUAUAUACACGUACAAACAUACGAUACAUACAUACAUGUUCCUUUGUUAAUACCAUAGUUGGUUGAUCAUCUGAAUUUGUUUCAGUUUCUUAUACGGCCUGUAUAAAAAAAAUCUUUUUGAGAACAGAUGCAUCAGCUAUAUUUUUUAACGUACAUAUAUACGCUAUACACUUUUUAUUUAGCACGCAAGCAACGUUCGUUCGUCGCUUUUAAAAGAAACGACGAAGCGGUAGACGACGAAUACGAGCACAGGGAUUCGACAAUGAAAGAAAGAAUUUUCUCGAGCGUCACGACAAAACAUACACACACACACACACACACACAUAUACGUACACAUGAACACACACAGGCUGCGAUCCCAAAUAUUUAACAAAAAAAAGGAAAAGAAAAAGGAAGAAAAAAAAUGGAAUAACUCGCGUGUGAUAUACUUAUCAGUUUGUAAAUUAUUUUUUGUAUUUUUAUAUAUACAUACAUAUACAUAUAAUAUAUUAUAUAUAACGUACGCGUAUAUAUAUAUAUAUGUAGAAAGAGCAAAUGCUCGCGCAUAUAGAUUGCAAACAAAUAUACAUAGACGUACACAUAACAAUAUAAACACACACACACACACACACACACAUACCCACACAUGCGCGCAGAGGUAUAUAACACAGAGAAGAAACGGUGUGCGUUCACGUCAUGGAGCGUCGUUUUAUCCGACAAAUAGAAAGAAAAUUUGGGAAAGUAAAAUACGACGCGUUGCAUUCUCGUGAAUGCAUCGAUCACACCAACGAUAUUUACGAAUUAGUCGAUUGCUAAUUAAUAGCCCUUUCGUUGAUCGAGAGCGGCGCUAAGCGUAAUUAGUAGCUUCGAAAGCAAAUCGCAGUGUAUAUAAUAUGUAUGUAUGUAUGUAAUCGAUACGCGAUAUAUAUAUAUAUGUAUGUAUAUAUAUAUAUAUAUAUAUAUAUAUAUAUCACCGUUUCUAUCUUUGUCACUCCUUUUUUUAAAGAUACGCGUAAAUAUACACUCAUACACGUACACUUACACACAAUAAUUUUAAUUCCACACGCGAUUACCCCUUCUUUCGGUGAUAUACGAUAUAUCAGUUCGUUCCCUAUUAUUUGUACCUUUGUAAUUUGUAAUCUUCAAACUUGUCAAUGCUUUGUUUAUUACUAUAAUAAUGAUUAUUAUUAUUAUUAUUAUUAUUAUUAUUAUUAUUAUUAUUAUUAUUAUUACUAUUAUUAUUAUUAUUAUUAUUAUUAUUAUUAUUAUUAUUAUCAUAAUAAUAUUAUUAUAUAUUUUAAAUAUCUAUCGAUGUUGUUUUGUUAUUGAUCGUUCAGUUGACGCGAUACACAUGCGUUUCUACCAUCGUGUUACACGCAUAAAGGACGAAUGAAUAACGAAGAGUGAAAGAGAAGGAGAGAGAAAAUAGAGUAAAAGGAGGAAGAUGAAAGAAAACUACGCGAAAAGAACUCCAUUUACGGUGAACCUUACAAUUUUAUAUUUAAAAAAUUAAUUUUGCAUGCAUAUUCCUUUACAUACUUUUUUCACUAUAUAUAUUUGUUUGAAAGAUUAAAAUGUAAAAUGAAGGAUUCAAAUCAGCACAACUUUAGUAUAGUAAAAAAGAGAUGAGAAAGAACAGAGAAUGAAGUAACGUUUACGUAUCAAAAUUAAAUUUCGUUUAUAUACUUUUUUCAAUAGAAAUUUAUUAUUCGUUUCAAGGAUUAAAACAAUAAAAAAUAUAAUUGGAUCGAUAUAUUCGUCGCAUAAUAAAACAUGAUUUUGAUAUAAUAAAAAAAGAGGAAGAAUGGAGUUACGGAUCAAAAAUAGCGAUUAAAUCUAAAACAUGCCACGUAUACGAUAUAAACGAUUCGACGAUAAGAAAGUUUCUUUGGAUGCUAUCAUCUCAUAAAUUUUAACACGUUGAGUGUCACGGGGAUGUGAUUGGGAAAUAGGGGAGUUUUGCGUUCAAAAUGUUUAAAGAAUUUAUGAGACUAAUAUAAAUAUCAUAGUAAAUUCAUCUGUAUCUUUAUACUGAACAAAAAAAAAGAAAACAUUAGAUGGACAUAUCGAUUGAAAAAAAAGAAAAGAAAAAGAAGAAAUUGGUUUCGGCAGUCAACGCGUUAAACAAAAUAAUCCAUCCAUGGGAUUGCUCGUCCUUUCAUUUCCUUGUUCAUUUCCACUUUAAAUCAUCCUAACUUUCUCUUUCAUUCCUUUUCGUCUUCUUUUUUUUUCUCUUUUCCUCGUAAAAAACACUCGGUGAAAGAAACUAAGCUGAUACUAGAACGUGACGCGAUCGUUAUGGUUAUUUUGCAAUUAAAUUCGUACUGUAAACAAAACAAAAAUUUGAAAAAAAAAAGAAAAAUUACAUGUGUGUACUUUGUUGAAAACGAAUUAGGCCAGCUUGAAUGGAGGCACAAGACGCUUUUAAAUUAGCAUGCGAAGGGCUGCUGAUUUGUAUCGAAAAAAUUUGUAUCGAAAGAGGACGUUCGGAAAAGGGUCGAAAGUUAAUAUGCCAAACGAAAAAAAAAAGAAAAGAAAAGAAAGAAAGAAAGACGAGAUAUAUCUGAGGACGCCAUUGGCAAUGGUGAAAUAAAAGGGAGGGGGAUGGAUGGAUGGAUGGAUGGAUGGAUGGAUGGAAAUCGAUGGCAAAGGCCGGUCGCUUGCGAUUGGCCAGGACACGUUUGUAGUGACCUUCGAUUGGAGGGCGUCCUAUUAAUUGUUGGAAUUUUUGUAGUUUACUAGGAAGUACGAUUCGCGAUACGUUAUUUGUAUAUGUAUAUACGUAUACAUAUAUAAACAUAUAAUAUUUAUAUACAUAUAUAUAUAUAUAUACAUACAUAUAUUAUUAUUAUUAUUAUAGUUGAAUCGUUCUCUCGAGUUCUUACAUUAUGAGUCGGAUAAAUUUUCUGGCAGAGGAAAAAUAUGGGAAGGGAUAGAAGAUAAACGAAAAUAAGAAAUGCGACGAAAGAAAGUAAAACAUGAUAAAGAUUUCGCAAUACGCGACUACUUCCGCGCUUUCUCUGCAUUUCGAACUUUUAGAAUGUUGAACUUCUUUUAUUUUAUUUUGCUGUGUUUUGCACACCAUAUAUAUAUAUAGACACAUAUAAUACAGUUUUUCCGAUAUAAAAGAAAAAAUAAAAGAGAGAAAGAGAUAAAAAGGAAAUCGAAGGGGUGAACUCGUUAGCUCGGUUAAAGGAAUUUUUGUAUUCGAUAAUAAUAACGAUAAUAAUCAUAAUAUAAAGAGAAAAAAGAAAAAAGUCGAAGUUAAAUCACAUAGGAGGAGGAAUUAUUACCAUUUCUUCUCGAGCGAAUCGCAGCUUGCUUCGCUUCAACCAUCCUCGAGAGCAACUUGUCUCAUAAGAUGGGUGUGUAAUUAGCUAAUGAUUAUUUCUAUUUGUUUGUAUGUGUAUGGUAGUCCGUUUCAAUAGAAAAGAAAAAAAGGAAAAACAUAAAAGAUUACGAUAGAUACAACUCAUAUAACAUGACAAUAUAUCCGUAUUAUACGCAAGUCAUAUAGAUUGCAUAGUUUUCAUAUCAUUGUAUUUCCUAUUGAAACAAUACAUCUUUAUCCUGAAACGUAUUCCUAUCAAUCAUCGAAAAUAAAUGAAAUAUUCAAAAUGCUCAAGUUUGAUAGGACAUCUUUUUUUACCGUGUUAUAUAAACAAAUACAAGUCACAAUUUUUGCAUCAUGUUAUAUGAGAUUGCGUCUACUAUCUAUUUGAAAAAUGAUGGACGAAAACUAGAUGAAGUCUGGUUAACGAUUGAUAAGAGUUAGAUAGUUUGUUCUUUUUUCUUGUUUGAAAUUAGACAAGAGAGAUAGAUAGAUAGAGAGAGAGACAAAGAGAGAGAGAGAGGAAAAGAGAGAGAGAGAUCAUUUGUAAUAAACGAGUCAUCAAAGAAUCGAAAUCUCUCCUAAUUCGUUCUAUCGUUUAAAUCUAGUUUGAAAAUUUCCACUAAAACAAGAGGCCCUUCAGUCAAACUAGAACUCCUUCGAUUAUUUAAGUACGCUCGAAUCGAGCUGUGACACUUCGUCCUACGACAAAGUCAAGCUCGUGUUAUGCUCUCCACACAUCAUCGAUGGCAAGUCCGAUCGGUCCAAACUGUCAUUCGCAUACGCACUCCCCGCGGUAUUUAAUAUGCGAACAUGAGUAUUAAUUGUAAUAAAUAGAUAGAUAAAUAGACAGAUAGAUAUAUACAUACGUCAUGCAUAUAUGUAAUAAUCUCAAGAAAUACGCGCAUCUAGAGGAAAAUAGUAACUGAGCGGGAGGAAGAAAGGGAAAGAGAGAGAUAAAUAAAAAAAUAAAAAGGACAAGUUUUCUUGUGUAUGCGUGCGUGUGUGUUGUGCUGUGUACGAAUGAUACAGAAGGAGAGAAAAAGAAAGAGAGAGAGAGAGAGAGAAAAGAUGAACGAAAGAGAAAGAGAAACAAAUGAUCCGAUGAUAAACACGAAAUUACUAUUCUUUGUUACUUCUUUAUAAUUAAAACAAUAAAAAUGAUAAAAAUAUAUUAAACAGUUUUAUUUGAACGAAGAAACAACGAUAAAUUUUCUUUUGCAAAAUUAAUGUCAUCGAGAUCAUUCGUAUUUUUAAUUCAUUAUUUACGAAUAGUAUAUCAAAAUCAUUCAUUAGUUUACGAGAUUAAACCAGAUGAGAGUGUUCACGUGUACAACGAUUUACGUAAUGAUUAUUGGGUUAGAACCACCUCGAAAAUUGGAUAGGGACGAACAUUGGUUUACGACGCAGAUAAUGAGUAUUUCGAUUAAAGGUCACGAAAAUUAAAUUUCUUUUGCUCUCUAUUCGUUAGAUUUUUAUCUUCUUCUUUACGUAAGGAAACAAGUAAAAUGUUACGAGCUGUUUUCACUAGAACUAUUCCAGAUCUUCGUUUCGUUCUAAAAGAUUCAAAUCAUUGCCUCUAAUGAUUUCAAUAGAAAACAGUUUUCAAUGUUUCAUUUCAAUCAUGUACAUAUAAAUAUCUAAGGAAAACUUUAAAUAAUCCUUAUUUUUGCAGUAAUGCUGUACUUAUCAACAAACCUUAUUUUUCAUUAAAGUUUCCGAUUGAUCGUUCCACGAAUUCAAAAUGAAAUUAUCAUCAACGUGUACGUGCUCGAUUAUUUAAUAAUCGAUUAGAUUUUCCCUUUCAUUAAAUAUUUGUAGAAUCCGUUCCUUCCAACGACGCUAAUGUAUCGAGAAUAUAUUUAUCAGAGUUUUAUUUUUUAAUAUCUUCAGGAAGAAGUCACAAUCGACCGUUUCAAAACAGGAUUAGAAGGAAAUCCAUAAAUGGCUAUCGAUCUAAUAGGAUGAAACAAAUGAGUGAUUACAUGAUCACUGGAUUUGCUUUUUCCGUUUAUUUUCUUAUAACUUAUAAUAUUUCUUAAGGUACGUAUCCAUUUAUUGUGUAUACUCGUAUUGUAUCGUAUCACCGUUGAGUAUCAAUAUGGAUAGGUAAAAAACAAUUCGUGUUUUACGUUUUUAUAUGAAUAUGCACGUACCAAUAAUACACGAUAAUGAUACUCAACAAUGAUAUGGUACAAAAAUACGCAACAAGAGGAUACGUACUUUGAAAUCACGAAUUUUUUUAUAACUUCAAAAAAAAAUCCUUUUUUCUUACGAGCUAUGAAUAAAGAAGUAACAAUAAAUAUAGACGAACGAAUUUCAAGCAAGCGACGACAUUCGCUCUUCUCUUUUCUUUUUUUCUUCUAUGAUCAAUUUAAUAGUAAGUGUUCUUUGUUUCUCUCUUUGAAUGAAUGAAUUGAAAGUAUGCUGAGUUUUAAAAAAGGAACAGCGAGAUAGUGACUCAUUAUUUGAUUGCGAAUGUGAUUAAUUAAUUAUGUUCAUAAAGAGAAAGAGAGAGAGAGAGAGAGAGAGAGAGAGUGAGGGAGAGAAAAGAAAGAAGAAUAGAGAAAGACAUCCUCAUAACUGUAACGCAAAUCAAACCCAAAGUGCACACACGAGAGUUAGAAAAGGAAAAGGUUAUACGUCUAAUUAUUAUUAUUAUUAUUAUUAUUAUUAGUAUUAUUAUUAUUAUCAUUAGUAGUAGUAUUAGUGUUAGUAUUAUUAUUAUUAUUAUUAUUAGUAGUAGUAGUAGAAGUAGUAGUAGUAAUACUAUUCUAGUAGUAGUAAUACUACUACUUCUACUACUACUACUACUACUAUUAUUAUUAUUAUUAUUAUUAUUAUUACUAAACAUCGUUGUACGCACAAUACAAAAAUGCAAAAUCAAAGACAAGAGAAUAUAUAAUGUAAAGAGAAUCAAGAUUAGACGAUAGAAACUAGACGAUGAGGAAAAAACAUCUUCACAAUCUCACGAUCGUUAUUAGGAUCGAAUUACAAGGAAUUGUUAUUGACGAGGAUGGAAAAGAAAGAGAAGAAAAGAGAUGAGAAUAUGUAACAGGGUCGUAAUUUUAAAUCGAAUCUCUUAAAACGACGCUUGUAUAAUGUUCGUUUGCAAUUCAUCUGUAGAUUAGGAAAGAAAAAAGGAAGUUUGCAGAUUAACGAAGAUACAAGGACGUCCAAUAAUUCAGUGUUUAUUUCGCAUAAAUGUAUCUAACCUACUACGAAAUAAGAGAAAGCUCGGUAAGGCUCGAUUGAAAUUGUUGAAAAAAAAGUGACAAAAAAGAGAUAAGAUGGAAAGAAAGAGAGAGAGAGAGAGAGAGAGGUAGAGAGUUUGUUUGUUUCGCGACCGAUCGUACGUGUAAAGAGAUUAUAAACUUUAAGAGAACUUCUUUUUUUCUUAUCACCUAUCAUCAGCUAGUAUACGUACGUACAACAUACAGCUAAUUAAGUGAAGAUAAAAAAAAAAAUACAAAAAAAGAACAAAAAAAUAAGCCGCUGUUGGUUCAAUGUCGAUGUCGUAUCUAUUUCUACAAGCCCUAAAAUAUGAUCUCUCUUUACGAUUAAUGAAUGUGAAUACGUAAUAACAUUCGCUAGACAAGUGUUAUUAGUAUUUAUUAUAAAUAGUACUUGGAUUAAAAGAAAAAAAAAUAAUAUAUGGUCUCUCGCGCAUCCACGAAUGCGCGUCGGGUCGAUGGCGGAUCGAGCGAGCAAACGAGAGAGAGAGAAAGAGAGAGAGA